GGGUGGGGCGGAGAGGAAGAGAGGCUGCCCGAAGCAUCCCGGCGGAAUUGAGUGCCCCUGAGCAUGUACAGAGGGACUCUGGGCUUCUCCUCGAAGGCAGCAUAGGAAGAUGGAGGCUGGUGGAGGAGCUGGUUACAGCAAAGCAUUCAGACUGUCAAAGAGAAGUCCACAGAGGCCUUGGAGUUCAUGAAACGGGACUUGACUGAGUUUGGCCAGGUGGUCCAGCAUGACACUGCCUGCACCAUUGCAGCCACUGCCAGCGUGGUCAAAGAGAAGCUGGCUAAGACGGAGGGCUCUUCAGGCACAACAGAGAAAGUGAGGAAAGGUCUCUCCAACUUCCUGGGCGUAAUCUCGGACACUUUUGCCCCUUCGCCAGACAAGACUAUCGACUGUGAUGUCAUAACUCUGAUGGCAACCCCCUCUGGGACCACUGAGUUGUAUGACAGUGCCAAGGCCCGGCUGUACAGUCUUCAGUCUGAUCCAGCCACCUAUUGCAACGAACCAGAUGGACCUUCUGAACUCUUUGAGGCCUGGCUGUCAUGCUUCAACCUAGAAGAGAAGAAAAAGGAGAUCUCAGAACUCUUGGGGAGCAGCCCAUCCAUCCGCUCGCUCUACACCAAAAUGGUCCCGGUAGCUGUGUCCCACUCAGAGUUCUGGCAGCGCUACUUCUAUAAAGUCCAUCAGUUGGAGCAGGAGGAAGUCCGAAGGGAGGCCCUGAAGCAGCGGGCUGAGCAGAGCGUUCACUUUGAGGAGCCAGGCUGGGAGGAGGAAGAGGAGGAAUUUCUUGGGUCAUCACCGGCUCCCCAAUCCCAUGUCAGCUUGCAGUCUUCCCAAGAGAUGAAGCCAUCUUCCCCCAUCUCCACAGAAUGCGUCACUCCGACCCUGGAGGCAUCCGUGGAAAGCUGGGCUAUGCUGAGCAUCCCAACAGCGGCAACCCCGUCAGAAAGCAGCGAGAGCGUCUCCUUGGUGACUCAGAUCCCAAACCCCUUGGCCGUGCCUGCCGCCCCUUUACAGACUGGAGCCCAGCUCUCUGGGGCAGGAGACCUCUCUCAGAGGCUUCAGGAGGCGAGUGCAGAAGAACCAGCCUCAUCACCAAAGCCCGAGGAACCCGUGCAACCCCCUCCAGCCCUGCAGGAUGCGAAGCCUUCUCCAGGGAAACCCAAGGAGCAGCCUGAGAGCAAGCCGGCAAACAGGAUAGAAACUGCCCGGGAAGAUGGGCCCACAGACCUGCGAGUCUUCGAGCUCAACUCGGACAGCGGGAAAUCCACGCCCUCCAAUAACGGGAAGAAAGGCUCCAGCACGGAUAUCAGCGAGGACUGGGAAAAGGACUUUGACUUGGACAUGACAGAGGAAGAGGUGCAGCUGGCACUCUCCAAGGUGGAUGUCUCCGAGGAGCUGGAAGAUGAAGAAUGGGAAAACUGGGAGUAGUCACCGUUGCUCCCCGUGCUGUGCAUCCUGGGCUCGUCCCCCGCCCCACCCCCUCCUCUGCACCAUCCAAUGUGAAUUAAAUCACAAAACAACUGGUCUCUCUUCCUGUGUAAAUGUGUUCCAGGCUGGAUGCAUCUCACCUCUGCUAAAAAAAACCCUGUUGGGGGAUCUUGGACCACGUCACAUUUGGAUCCGAAAGUGGCUGAUAUCACAUGAGGGGGUGCUGGAAAGCAUUGUUCUGGGAUGUGUCUAUGUAGAAAGCGGCGGUGGGCGCAACUUUCCAGUGGAUCCUCUGGACUAAAAGUACUCUUGGAACUUCCGCAGUGUGGAUUUUUAGUUUUUCUUUUCUUUUUCUUUUUUCUUUUUGGCUUGAGUGGUGGUAGUUUCGGGGGAUGGCUGGACAGUGGGGUGCGGGAGAGUGUCCUUGAAUUUGAUUGCACCGAUAAGAGAAACUCUUGUUCUCCCUUGCUCCGUAGGCUGCCCGUUUGCUGGCUGUGCUCCCUUUUGUGUGACUUUACAGAAAUGCAGCAAGGUUUUGUUGGGGGGCGGGGAUCGAGGGCAAAUCCCUCUUCUGUUGUGACCCGCAAGCCAGUUGUAAGGGGAGAGAACCUGUAGCAUGGCCACAGAGUGUCCUUUCGACCCCUUGCCUGCUUCCCCUCGUAGAGAGCUCAGUUUUUUCCCAGGAACUGGAACAUCUCCCUACCUCAGUUUCCCUGCCACGUUCCCAGCCCCUUCUUUCUUCUUCCCCGCAGGACUUGAAGCACUUUUUAAACAUUGAAAGAACUGUUUGUGCGGAAUCCGGCGUUCAACCUAACGGGAACCGUCUCUUACGACAGGUGCCAUGAAAUCACUAAGAGUUGUACAGGAGGUGUCCCCCUUGGGUUGUGCCUUCCUUUGAAGAGCCCUCAUGGAACAUCACUAGCUUGGUUCCUCUUGGCCAGUUGCCUUGCUAGCCUUGCUUCAGUGGCACGGUCUGCUCUGAAGGGUUGGUGUUUGCCAAAGCCUCUUGCUUCUCUUUCUUUCCCUUCUACUGAUGCCAUUCAGCAGCACCCAGUGAUCCCUGUCCACAGGCAUUCAUCUCAGGCCCAUCUGGAAAACCUCCCUUGCUGUGCUGGGCUUUGCUUCAGCUUUCCCAAGAGCCAUCAGAAUAGCCAUGCCCAUCUGGCUGAACCGUCUCCAAGGAGCUCUUCCUUCUAUCUCUGCAUUCCUUCUGUUGGCAUCUUCUUUUUUUGUGUGGGGAGGAAGUUGUAUUGUACAGGAGGGCGUAUCCCUCCUCCUCCUCCUGCCUGUUGCAGAUAUGUCAAAGAACAAUGGAAAAACAGUUCUGGUGAGACGCUUUUUAAAAUAUGGGUCCAAAGUGGAGACUUUAUCUCCUUAGGGUACAAUCUGCUAGGAAAUUCUCCUAAGCCAGUACUACUGAAAUGAAUGGGGCAGCAUGAGAGAACAAAUCAUCUCCCAAUUCCAUGUAGCAACAACAGAAAAUGUAAAUAGGCAACCUGAUCCAAAGGGCCGUAGAACGGCAGCUGGGGACAUUGAUGCAGCAUUGCCUGCAAAGAGGCAAUUGGGGACGCAGCGGCCGCAGGAGAAGGAGAAACUGCUUUCUCUCCCAGGAAAGCCCUAGAGGGAUAUGGCUUACACUACCCCUGGUGGCAUGAUUCUGUGUCACUGAAGAGGAGUGUUCCUGGUCUGAAACGCCCCUGGAACGCUCCUGUCCAUGCCCGUGCAGCAUCCUGUGGUGCAGAAGUGAUGCCAGCGGGGAAACCUCUGGCUUUUGGCGCUGCGCUGUCCCAUCACCAAAAUAAGUCCCUCUGUGCUGAUGUCUGUGCCACUUUGUGCACCGCCGGUGGUGCUGGCGCAACCCCUCUGCUGCUUCCAAUGCAGCUUCACCCCUCUCCUUUGGAUUGCACAGUAAAUGUCCCUUUGUACUCCACCACCUGCCUUUCCCCUGUGCAAUAAAAUGGCCUGUUUCCGACUCACAUUGUGUUCACAUUGCAGGUUUUGACCAACUCUCAAGUCAGAAGCCUCUGGAUGGGUGUCACUGCUCUCCAGUCCAACAGCAGCUGCAUCCAUCCUUGGCUGCUCAUUCACUCACCUGCUUAGCCUCCCUUCAGCAAUCUCUGGCUCCCUCCUUCUCUCUGCUGUCGUAAGAAGAAAGCUACUGUGGCUUUCCUCCUUUUCUGUUGGCCAGGGAUUGCUGAUGGACUCAAGUGAGCAAGCGGCGGCACCAAAAAAACACUGUGACGAGGUUCUUUGUGAGUGGCUGUAGCAGCUGUCAGAAUGUGUAGCUGCUACGGGCACACUGAGGCUUCUGAUCAAGUGGGGGCUCAUUCACAGGAUCUUGUUUGUCCUGGUCCGUAAAAACAAAGCUGUUGGGGAAAAAAACUGAAUGCAAGGGUCAGAGUUAAAAGGUUCAGGGAAGAGGGAGAGGCUUGCUUUUGAAGCUCGCUGGCCGCUGUAAGCACAGCACAGGGUUUGUGCAUAAUCCAAACACAUCUUCAGUCUUGUUUCAUAGCAGCAGUUUGGAUAGGGAAUGUGAUAUGUGUUGCCUGUGCAUUUCCCCUGCUCCUUUGCAGAGCUGGUACAGCACUUAAAGAAGAAUAGACAAAAUGUUGCCAAGGAAGCUGCUUUUUGGCUGUGUCUUUAGGGCCCAUCAAAGCUUCACAACUUGUUCGGACAGGUCACAAAGGCUGCUGUGUUCUGUUUUUCCAGUCUCUUGAAGACUGGAGAACCCCUGAACCUGCUACUGUUGCAGGCUAAAGAAUGUCUUGGUGUUUAGGCUGCAAGUACAUGGAAACCAGACUGUAUCAAGCUUUACAUCUGUGUCUUACGUCAUGCAGCUGAGUUUCAAACUUGGGCAGAAGUUCUUGGGCUCUUGCUCAGCCUGCUUUUAAGAGAGGACAGGGCAGGACUUCAUAGCCUAGAGCCAAAUUGAGUUCCAGGAAGACUACUCCCUUGAAAGGACCUGUUGCCCCCUUUGGGACUGGGAGAAAGUGUUGGGGCUCUGAUUUCUUCAUUCUCCUUUAGGAUUCUCCCCUUCCCCCAAGCUCCCCUUUUCCCCCUUGGUUGUGCAAUAUUUUCUUAUUUUUAAAUUAUACUACAUCUCCCUGGGCAGUUUUCUAGCAGGGGGCAAACAAGUGACUCUAACAGCUGUUAGUUUUGUAAUAAUGACUUUCUCCUGAACCUUUUACAGACUGGCCAUUAACAGCAAUUAAAGGAGUUCUACAGAAAUA